ACUUUUGUUGCAUUCAGUGAGUAGUAAUGCAAGCAGUGAAUACAAAAACUCACAUUGGGUAAAAUCUCACCUCUGAAUUUGGAGAAGUAUUGGACUGAAGAAUAGAGGAUGUAAAUGUCACAUAUUGACCUUUUGACUCUAUAAAAAUAUACUGGCUUUACUGUUUUCUACAUAGAAGAACAUUCUGUGAAAAUAUAAUCUUGAUAUAUUUAACCUCCUAAGACCUGAAUGUCAACAUAUGUGGACAUCAAUUUUUUUAUGUUUGCACCAUCAUACUUAAUUCUGUGUAACUGGAACCUGUUGUACACAAACAUGGAAAAUACACUGCUUCAAGUUCUUAGAAAAAUAUUUGGUUAUUAUACAGGUAAAUUGGUUCUUCCUAACCCCAAAAUAGCUGGUAGAAAUCUGAAAAAAAAACAUUCCCGGGUCUUAGGAGGUUAAUACUUGCAAGGUCAUGCCAAUCGUUGUGAAAUCAAUAAGUCAAACUCUGAUGCUCCUAAUCUUAAAUUAGAUUAUGCUACUUUAGCCUAGAUUUCACAGACACGGUCACAUAUUUUCAGCAUGAUUAAUUUACAUUGAUGACUCUAGAUUACAUUCCUAAAUAUACCACACCUCCAUAACAAGUUAUUGUACUUUUAUAGAGAGUAGCAGUAGCUUGAUUCUUAUUAACACUAACAAAGAGUCACGCCUUCUAGUUGACGUUUAAAAUUUCAAUCAUUUUACAUUUCAAAACAGGUCUUGCAGCUUCAAUUCUAUUGGCGUGACGUAUCUUGCCCGACGAGUCACUGUUCAUCGCAUCUCUUUCAUUUCUUGGCCCCACGUUUAGUUUACAACAUGUACAGGUACACAUGAACUCAAGAUACCUCAUAACACAGACUGCUGGUAUAUCUCACACACUUUAUCACAUCAGCGUCGCUCCCGGAGAUCUAAUUACUCGACUGCAAAAUGAAAACGGUAAUGGUAAGCUCUUUAAGUUUGUGACCGAUGGAAACUGGGCCAGGGUUUGACUAGGACUGGUCAUUCCCAAAGAAAGAGGAAAAGAGGUUAUGUUACAGAGCAGCAAGUUUCUUUUGCUCCUGAUUUUCACCAUUAACUAUUCAAGUUCAUUUUCCACACCCCUCAACAUGUCAAUGCACUCUGUAAAUAUGAAGCACAUUUUGAAAUGGACCCCUUUGUCCUGUUCCACUGUCAACUAUACUAUACAGUAUCAAGGGGAGUUUGAGCUAAUCAAUCUAAACGGAUCUUGGGUGAAUGCACACGACUGUCAAGAGAUCAUUGAAAACAAAUGUGACCUCACCUCUGACCUGGCCUUUAAAUCUGACUACAGCAUCCGCCUAAUGACAAAAUGUGACGGCGAGAAGUUUUGGACACAGCUACCAACUACCUUUAAUAGAAGAGACACUAUGCUGGUGGCUCCCAACAUGACAGUGGCUAUAGAGGGGGACAUUAUUCAGGUGGGAUUUAGCCCAAUCCUUCCUGAUAUGACCGUCCGACUUUUUGUCUCGAUAAAAGGAGUCGAAAAAAAUUACUCAACUCAUGUUAUCGGAAUGUUUCCAUAUCAUUUUUCGACUAACGUGACCCAUGGAGGAGAAAAGAUGUGCUUCAGGGCAGAAGUGUUCGUAGAGGACAUAAAUAAGAGCUGCUACAUUGACACUCAGUGUGUCACAACUAAGAUCACACCUGAAUUUGCAAUACCAGUUAUGGUGAGCAUAGCUGUGGUGAUAGUCAUUGCCGUGGCCAUUAUUUUGGGAUGUUCAGCAAAACGUUUUGGUCCGUACAUCAAACAAAACUUUUGCCAUAGAGAGCCACUUCCCAGUCCACUCCUUGAAUUGCCCCCCAACACUUUUGUCUCCUGUAUGAAUAAUUCAUCGGAGCAAACAGACCCACUUGUUGUGGCUCCGGCCUGAAGAGGGUCAGUGGACGGCUGUGGGUGAAAUUGGCAUGAAUAUGAAAUU